AUGCAUCGCCUAGCACAGGAACGAGCCGCGCGAACUACACUGGAAAACGAGGCACAAUUGCGUGAACUGGAACUGCAGAACGUUCAGCAACGCAGCGCCCAUGCAGACCAACAGACUCGCAACAAGCAAAUGGCUCUAGAGAAGGAGUUGGAGGACGAGGUAGCAAUGCACAGAAUGACGGUACUGGGCAGGAAUGCGGCUACACAAAAGAACACGACGCUGGCAGCGGAACUUAAGACAAUGGAGACAAAAUGGAAGAAAGAGCUAGAGAUGAAGGAGGCUGCAAUUGCCAAAGCAGAACUAGCUGUGAACGAGAUUCAGAGACUCAAAUUUGACAAGGAUCAGAUUGUGCGACGAACAGAGAGUGGUGCGAAACGUUUGCGCGAGCUAUAUCAUCAAAUUGCACGAGAACACGAGGUGAAGAUGGAAGCACUCGAACAGAAGCUGCUAAGUGCUCAACAGUUGUCAUCAGGUGCAGAGGUUACAGUAGCAGAAUGUCACGAGAAGAUUGCUAAGCUAGAGAAAGAGCUGCGAGCGACGUGGAAGGAGAAGACUGCGUUGCAGGAACAGCUCUCCGCUGCAACGAGAUCGCGUUCUCCGGAACAACAGGAGCUUGACCGGCCGAAGGAGACAAGUUGGGGGAAUGAGCGGCAUCAAACCGCGCUAGUGCUACAGAGUUUGAAGAGUAAGUGUAAAUCGCACGCACAACAAGAAGAGGCAGCUGUGAAGGAGCGAGACGUGGCAGUGCUAGCAGCUCACAAAGCCGAGGAAGCAUUGGACAGAAAAAAUGAAGAGCUAUUGGCCCUCAAAACCGAGUUCACCGACCUGCUUGGGAAACAUACAACAUUGGCAGCUCAGUUUAAGCAACUGGAUCGAGAACGCGAAGUACAGCUCAUUAAAUGCACUCAGAAACUUCGCGAUGAUAAGCGCUACGCUGAAGAGCUAGCAAUGCUACGAAGAAAAGAGAUAUCAGGGUACAAGAGGGUUAUUGAUUCGGUGAACAACCGCCUAACAGAGGCGCAAGAGCUCAGUGAAUCUGCUCAGAGUAUUGCCUGGUCAUUGCCACAGGACGCUCGCAAAGCAAAAACAUCAUUAUGCAUUUAUCGCCAUUAG